AUGAUGCUUUCAGUAGGCGGAUGUAGGCCUGGAAGUGCUCCUGGUGCCGUUGUCAUAUGCCAGCAGGUUAGAAAUAUCUCCAGGAGGAGGAUUGCUUAUCCUUUUUAUCCCUUCAAGAGGUUAGGCAAACAAGAUCCAAAGAAACAUGAUUCUAACCUUAAAUCUGCAAUGAGACAGUUUCUGGGACCCAAGAACUACAAGGGGCAAUACGUGAUGAACAAGUAUUUUGAAGUCCCGAAGAACCAUGUGCCCAACUACAUCAAGCCGGAUUUGGAGAGAGGGCAGAGUUUGCAGAAUCCCAUCACUGGCGAGAAUGUGGUGCUGAAAUAUGAUGGCACGUACGGUGAGGCGCCUGAGAACAGGCGGUUGCAGCAGAUUUCGGAAAAAAGAGUGUUGCAGCCUUUCCCGAACAACUCGCAUUGCCGGACGAACAGCAUAAUAAGUGAUGACUUGAAGAUGAGGAUAUACAACGACAUCGAGGUAGAAGGCCACACAACCCAGCAGGUGUCGCAGAACUAUGGAUUGAAAGUGCCUAGAGUGGAGGCGAUCUUGAAACUGGCUGAGAUCGAGCAAAAAUGGGCCAAACGAGUAUGUAUACGCAGCUAUGAAACAGAGCUCAAGUUGGGGGUAUCAUAUGAUGAGACUACCAAAUAA